GUCUAGCUGAGCUGGCUUCAUGAUAUGCUGGCAGGAAGUGAAGCCUUUGCAGGAAGUAGAAUUCCUGGUAACGCAUAGAGAGGCACAGUCUUUUAGCACUACACCUCUUCCCAUUUUCCACUUUCUUUCUGUCCCAGGAUCUCUUCUUUGCCUCUUCCUUUGGCCGUGUUAGGUUAUCUGCUAAUCUAGAUUCUUGGCUUCAACGUCCUCCACCAUCCCUACAACACAGGGACAGGAUGCUGAAGAAGUUUGAUAAGAAGGAUGAGGAAUCAGGUGGGGGUUCCAAUCCAUUCCAACACUUGGAGAAAAGUGCUGUGCUGCAGGAAGCUCGAGUAUUCAAUGAGACACCUAUAAACCCUCGGAAAUGUGCUCAUAUCCUCACCAAGAUAUUGUAUCUCAUAAACCAGGGGGAGCACCUUGGUGUGAUGGAAGCCACGGAAUCCUUCUUUGCAAUGACUAAGCUGUUCCAGUCCAAUGAUCCAACUCUCCGCAGAAUGUGCUACCUGACCAUCAAAGAGAUGUCUAGCAUUUCAGAGGAUGUCAUCAUUGUGACUAGCAGUUUAACUAAAGAUAUGACUGGGAAAGAUGACAACUAUAGAGGUCCCGCUGUGCGAGCCCUCUGCCAGAUUACUGAUAUGACCAUGCUGCAAGCCAUUGAGCGCUACAUGAAGCAGGCGAUCGUUGAUAAGGUGCCCGGUGUGUCCAGCUCGGCCCUCGUGUCAUCUUUGCAUCUUCUGAAAACCAGCUUUGAUGUGGUAAAACGCUGGGUGAAUGAGGCUCAGGAGGCGGCUUCUAGUGACAACAUCAUGGUCCAAUAUCAUGCCCUUGGCUUGCUGUAUCACGUGCGCAAGAACGACCGCUUGGCUGUCAACAAAAUGCUUAACAAGUUCAUGCGCCAUGGCUUGAAAUCGCCUUUUGCGUAUUGCAUGAUGAUCCGAGUAGCCAGCAAACUGAUAGAAGAAGAAGCUGGAGGCCGUGAUAGCCCCCUGUUUGAUUUCAUUGAGAGCUGCUUAAGGAAUAAGCAUGAGAUGGUGGUCUAUGAAGCUGCAUCUGCCAUUGUUAACCUGCCCAGCUGCACGGCCAAAGAACUGGCACCCGCUGUGUCUGUGUUGCAAUUGUUCUGCAGUUCACCCAAGGCAGCCCUUCGUUAUGCAGCAGUUCGAACUCUGAACAAGGUUGCUAUGAAGCACCCAUCUGCUGUGACUGCCUGUAACCUUGAUUUGGAGAACCUAGUCACAGACUCCAACCGCAGCAUUGCUACCCUAGCCAUCACUACCCUGCUGAAAACUGGCAGUGAAAGCAGCAUUGACCGCCUCAUGAAGCAGAUCUCCUCCUUCAUGUCUGAAAUCUCAGAUGAGUUCAAGGUUGUCGUGGUACAGGCUAUCAGCGCCCUCUGUCAGAAGUAUCCACGCAAGCAUGCGGUCCUCAUGAACUUCCUCUUCACAAUGCUCCGUGAGGAGGGUGGCUUUGAGUACAAACGAGCCAUUGUUGAAUGUAUCAUUGGCAUCAUUGAGGACAACUCUGAGAGCAAGGAAACCGGCCUCUCCCACUUGUGUGAGUUCAUCGAGGACUGCGAGUUCACUGUCCUGGCUACCCGCAUUCUCCACUUGCUGGGUCAGGAAGGACCCAAGACCAACAAUCCUUCAAAAUACAUUCGUUUCAUUUACAACCGAGUUGUCUUGGAACAUGAGGAGGUCAGGGCAGGUGCUGUGAGUGCUCUGGCCAAAUUUGGGGCUCAGAAUGAAGAAAUGCUCCCAAGCAUCCUAGUGUUGCUGAAGAGGUGUGUGAUGGAUGAUGACAAUGAAGUGAGAGACAGGGCCACGUUCUACCUAAGUGUUUUGGAGCAGAAGCAAAAAGCUCUCAGUGCUGGCUACAUUCUGAAUGGAUUGACUGUAUCCAUCCCUGGCCUGGAGAGGGCCCUGCACCAGUACACUCUAGAGCCUUCUGAGAAACCUUUUGACCUGAAGUCUGUUCCUUUGGCAACUACCCCCAUCACUGAACAAAGAAUAGAAAAUGUUCCUGCGUCUGCAGUCAAGCAGCCGGAGAAAGUGGCAGCAACCCGACAAGAAAUAUUCCAGGAACAACUAGCUGCUAUCCCAGAGUUCCGAGGACUCGGCCCACUGUUCAAGUCCUCUCCUGAGCCUAUCGCUCUUACAGAAUUGGAAACAGAAUAUGUGAUCCGUUGUACCAAACACGCGUUCACCAACCACAUGGUGUUCCAGUUUGAUUGUACAAACACCCUGAAUGAUCAGAUCCUGGAAAAUGUCACUGUGCAAAUGGAGCCAACUGAGGGAUAUGAGGUCAUGGGUUACAUACCUGCCAAAAGUUUGCUAUACAACCAACCUGGCACUUGCUACACAUUGAUUGCAUUGCCUGAAGAGGACCCAACAGCGGUGGCUUGUACAUUCAGCUGCAUGAUGAAAUUCACUGUCAAGGACUGUGACCCGAACACUGGUGAAGCAGAGGAAGAUGGCUAUGAGGAUGAAUAUGUGCUGGAAGAUAUUGAGGUGACUAUAGCAGACCACAUCCAAAGGGUUCUGAAGCCAAAUUUUGGAGCAGCCUGGGAAGAAGUUGGUGAGGAGUUUGAAAAAGAAGAGACCUUCACACUAUCCACAGUUAAAACACUGGAAGAGGCAGUAGGCAACAUUGUCAAGUUCCUGGGGAUGCAGCCCUGUGAGCGGUCAGAUAAAUUGCCUGAAAACAAGAACUCUCAUACCUUGUACCUGGCAGGUGUUUUUCGAGGUGGUCAUGACCUCUUGGUUCGUUCUCGACUUGUCCUGACAGACAUUGUGACAAUGCAAGUCACAGCACGGAGUGGAGAAGAACUUCCUGUGGAUGCUGUCAUGGCCUCUGUUGGCUAAACAUGAUAUAGGACUUUGUAUUUCAAACUCCAAAGCUGAAGGGUAUGUUGGAAAUGUAUUUCCACUAUUCUGGACACUGAGAGAAUCAUUAGAACAUGAGCUCUUUUUCUAAUUAGAAAACAAAAUCAUUGUGUGGAUUUAAAGCCACAAGAGUAUGAGGUUUUCUGAAAUACUUAACAGAUCUUUUUUUCAGGAUCUCUAAACUACUUCAAAAAAGCAUCCUUUUCACAUCAAAUUGCAAGACUCCAGUGCCUAAAGAUGCUUUCACCAGCUCUUCUUGUGGUAACAGUGUGUCACAUCCCUUCUGGAUCAGUGAAAGCCUUUAUAAGUAUGGCAAUUUCUAGUUGUGUUUAUGAUUUUUUAAAACACCCUUCGAAACCAAUUAUGAAAAUAAAAGCAUUAAUUUUUCUCAG